AUGUCGUCGUCGUCGUCUUCACCACCGACAGCGCCAGCAGCUUACUACAACGCAGUUGGCCUUCCGCUCGAGUACUGCUCCAAGCAGUAUCGGGAGGAGAGCAAGCGAGCAUCGCGCACUUCAACACCCUCGUCUCGGUCUUCGUCUUCGUCUUCGUCGGCAUCCCUGAACAGCACUUCCAGCCUGAGCUCUAGUUCAAGCUCCAGUCCAAGUCCAAACUCAAGUCCCACCUCCAGCACCAGCAGCAGCACUUCUCCGCCAACGCCGCUAUGGACGCCUCCAGACCCAGAAGCGCCGCCGAUGUCCCGGUAUCGACAGCACGUCAACGCAAAGUUCUCGCAGCGGCUGCGCGACUCGCACGAGCUGCACGCCUGGUCGGUGCAAAACCCGCACGACUUCUGGAUCGAUCUGUACUCGUACUGCGGGAUCGUCCCCGCACUGCCCAAACAUACAAAGAUCGCGUACGACCCGGCCGCGCGCCUGCGCGACAUCCCGACCUUCUUCCCGGGCCUGCGGCUGAAUUACGCCGAGAACGUGCUGGUGCCCAACACAGCGGCGAACCCGAGCAACGUCGCGCUGGUCGGGCUGCGCGAGGGCCGGCUGGAUGAUCCAGAGGAAGUCACCUGGGCCGAGCUGACGGAGCUUGUGCGCUGUGCCCGCUCGGCCAUGGUGCGUCGGGGUAUUAAAAAGGGGGACGUGAUCGCCGGGCUGAUGGCCAACUCGGUCUGGAUCGUCGUCCUGUUCCUCGCGAGCGCGUCCAUCGGCGCCAUCUUCACCUCCGUCGCACCCGACCUGGGCGUCGCCGGCUGCGUGAGUCGGUUCGCCCAGGUCGAGCCCAAGUGGCUGUUCGCCGACGUCGACCUGGCCGUGCGAGGCACCCGGCCGUCCAUGCUGGGCAAGGUCAUGCAGGUGCUCCAGGCGCUCCCAACCACAAAAGCCAAGCCGAGCCUCGUCUUCGUCCCGACCUGCCACCGGCCGCACCGGCAGCGCAACGUGGACUACAUCACGCCGCUGGACGGUUGGGCCGCCAUCUCGCUGCACGAGUUCCUCAGCAAAUCCCGCGCGGGCGACAAAAUGGCGUAUGUGCGUCUGCCCACGGACCAUCCGUUGGUGAUAGUGUACAGUUCGGGCACGACGGGGGAGCCCAAGUGCAUCGUGUCGCCGCACAUGUCGGUGCUCAACUACAAGAAGAUCUCAUUGCUGCACAACGGGCUGGGUCCGUGGUCGACCGUGUUCCAGUUCUCGUCGACGAGCUGGAUCUUGUGGAAUGUCAUGAACGGCCACCUCUCCGUGGGCAGCAAGGUCAUCUGCUACGACGGCGGCGCCCUACACCCGGACCCGUCGACCAUGUUGAGGAUUUGCGCCAAAUAUCGCGCCACCUACUGGGGCACCUCGCCGCGCUACCUGCUCGAGCUCGAGCAGUCGGGCAUCCGGCCGGACUCAUUCGAUUUGUCGGAACUGGCGCUGGUCACCACGACCGGCGCCACGCUGACAGGCGAGCAGUUCCACUGGUUCUACCGCGCGUUUCCGCGCCGCAUCCACCUCUCCAGCGUCGCAGGCGGCACCGACAUCGCCUCCUCUUGGAUCGCCACGAACCCCGCCGGUCCCGUGUAUGCGAACGAGAUGCAGAUGUGGGCGCUGGGCCACGACUGCGACAUUCUCGACAGCGAGACGGGCCAGUCGUGCGCGCACGAGGGCAGGCCCGGGGAAUUGGUGUGCAGAAAGCCGUUCCCGAGCAUGCCGUGCAAGUUCUGGGGCGACACAAGGGACCACCAGAAGUACCGGGAGGCGUACUUUGAGAAAUUCCCAAUCGUCAAGAAGGCCGCCGGCGGAACAGAGGUACGAACAACGGACGGCGAUGCCAACGGCGCAGAAGAUGACUACCUGGACGUCUGGGCGCAGCACGACUUCAUCGUCAUGAACCCGGCCACCAAGGGGCUGCAGAUCCUCGGGCGCAGCGACGGCGUGCUGAACCCGAGUGGGAUCCGGUUCGGCAGCAGCGAGGUAUACAACAUCGUCGAGGGACCGCUGUUCAACAACCUGAUCUCAGACACGCUGUGCGUCGGCCGCCGCAGGGCACACGACAAGGACGAGACGGUCUUCCUAUUCGUCAUCAUGGCGCCCGGGCACGAGUCCGACUUCACGCCGGCGCUGGUCGAGAGACUCAAGAGCGCCGUCCGUGACGGCCUGUCGCCGCGCCACGUGCCAAAGUUCGUCGAGCAAGUCCGCGAGAUCCCCUACACGGUCAACGGCAAGAAGGUUGAGGUCGCGGUCAAGAGAGUCAUUUCGGGCCAGAACGUCAAGGUCAGUUCGACCGUGCGCAAUCCCGCCUGUCUGGCCGAGUAUGAGAGAUUCAGGGACUUUGAGAGGGAAACCACGCCGCGUAGAAACGCCAGGGCGUCCAAGUUGUGA